GCUUACCAUCACAGUUAGAUGCAUCCCACAACACGCGCUCUGAAACGCUCAUUAACGCCGGAAGCCAAAGCCAAAGCCACACCCUACGCCUCAGCUUCCUCCCUCUUCUCAACUCGCACUAUUCCAAACUUUGAGCUCAACGCCACUUAUCGCCCGAUACUUGCCGACCCUCGAAUCUACACCAAUCUCCUCACAUCGCUCUCCAAACAAGCGGUUCUCUUUGGUUCCCAUCACCCGUUCGACGAAACCCCCCUUAGAGAUCGAUUCUCAAAGAGCUGCAAGACCUUGCACGCGCGGGUCCUCAAGCUCGAACUCCGGCUGUCCGGAGCCGUCGGUAAUGCCCUCGUAGAUGCCUACUCCAAGUGCGGCCACGUCUGCUACUCCCGAAGGGUCUUCGACCGCCUCGAGGCGCGGGACGCGGCCGCAUGGAACUCGGUCCUCUCUGCCCACUCGCGCCAUGGGCUGCCGGACGAGGUUUUGCACUCGUUCCGGUCGAUGCGACUCGCCGGCGCGCAGCCGGACCAGUUUGGUUUUGCAAUCGCGCUCUCGGCUUGCGCCCGGUUAACGGGUCUUGUUUUCGGCCAACAGGUGCACUGUGAUGUUGUGAGGACGGGGUUUGAGUCCAGUUCUUUCUGCGAGGGGUCUUUGAUUGAUAUGUACUCGAAAUGCGACUGCGUUGCUGAUGCACGCAAAGUUUUCGAUGGAAUCAAUAACCCUGACAUCGUUUCCUGGACUAAUAUGAUUGCCGGCUAUGCUCGGAUUGGUAUGUGCUAUGAAGCGGUGGAACUGUUUGCGAAAAUGGAGAAGAUGGGGGGUGUACCUGACCAGGUUGCACUUGUGACCACUAUAACUGCACUUUUGAGUUUGGGAAGGCUCAACGAUGCACAAGCCUUAUUCUGGCAGAUGCCUUUGCCAAACACUGUAGCUUGGAAUGUGAUGAUCUCCGGUCAUGCUCAACAUGGGCAUGAGGUUGAAGCUCUUAGUUUUUUCAAAGAAAUGAGAGGAAGGGAUGUUGAGCCCACUCGCUCGACGAUAGGAAGUGUGUUGAGUGCUGCUGCCAACCUCAUGGCCCUAACUGAAGGCCAGCAAGUGCAUUCUGAGGCAAUUAGGUUUGGUCUGGAUUCAAAUGUUUUCGUCGGGAGUUCUUUGGUGAACCUAUAUGCUAAAUGUAUUCAAAUAGAAGAUGCAAGGAAAGUGUUUGAUUUCUUGGAUGCAAAGAACAUCGUUAUGUGGAAUGCAAUGCUCGGUGGAUACAUACAGAAUGGGUAUGCAGAAGAAGUCAUGCUCUUGUUUUCUGAGAUGAAAAUGCUUGAUUUUGAAUCUGAUGAGUUCACUUUUGUUAGUGUUUUUGGUGCCUGUGCUAGCUUGGAGAAUCUUAACUUGGGUAGGCAGUUACAUUCUUUUACAGUCAAGAAUAAGUUUGUGGCCAGUUUGUUUGUAGGGAAUGCAAUUUUAGAUAUGUAUGCUAAAUGUGGAGAGCUCAGUGAUGCAAGAAGGCAAUUUGAAUGUAUACCUAACAGAGACAUCGUUUCAUGGAAUGCAAUCAUAGUUGGGCUUGUGCAUAAUGAAGAAGAGAGUGAUGCGUUCAGUCUGUUUCAUAGGAUGUUGAUGGAUGAGGUGCAGCCUGAUGAGAUAUCCUUUGCUAGUGUUAUAAGUGCUUGCUCUAAUCUACAAGCUUUUGAGAAAGGAAAGCAGAUUCAUUGCUGUUCUAUCAAAUCUAGUUUCAGUUCAAAUCUUUAUGUGGCAAGCUCGCUUGUUGACUUCUAUUCAAAACAUGGAGAAAUUGAAGCUGCCAAGAGAGUCUACAGACAGAUGCAUGAAAGGAGUGUAGUCUCAACAAAUGCGCUGAUUGCUGGUCUUGUUCAAAACAACAAUGAGGAGGAAGCGUUAGAGAUGUUUAGGAAAAUGCAGGUUGAAAACUUGGAGCCUUCUGAGUUCACAUUUUCAAGCAUCCUUCCUGCUUGUUCUCAGCCUUCAAGAUUAAUCAUGGGGAAACAAGUGCAUGGCCACUUACUCAAGUCUGGCCUUCUAUAUGAUAGUUCAUAUUUAGGAACCUCACUUUUAGACAUGUAUCUGAACUCCAAAGAAAUCGAAGAUGGCAAAAAGCUCUUCUGGGAGAUGCCUGAAAGAAAGAGCAUGGUAUUAUGGACAGCAAUCAUUUCAGGACAUGCACAAAUUGGUUACAGUGAUGAUGCGUUGCUUCUCUUUCAUGAUAUGCGUAGUUACAAUGUCAAGUCAGAUGAAUCCACCUUGGCCAGUGUUUUGAAAGCUUGUGCUGACUUGGCUGCUUUAAGAAAUGGUAAAAUGGUCCACAGCCUCAUCAUCCGAACUGGCUUUGGUUCCUAUGAACACACAACUAGUGGUCUUAUAGACAUGUAUUCCAAAUGCGGUGAAGUGGGAGCUUCUCUUCAAGUGUUCCAGGAGUUAGGGAACAAAGAAGACAUCAUCUCAUGGAAUUCUAUGAUAGUCAGUUUUGCGAAAAAUGGGUAUGCUGAAGAAGCUCUUGAGCUCUUUCAGCAAAUGGAGCAAUUACAAAUAAAGCCUGAUGACAUCACAUUUCUUGGUGUCCUUACGGCAUGUAGUCAUGCAGGCCUGGUCUCCAAAGGCCAUAGUAUCUUUGGUUCAAUGACUACAAAGUAUGGAAUUACUCCAAGAGUUGAUCACCAUGCUUGCAUGAUUGAUCUCCUUGGCCGCAGUGGUUAUCUUAACGAGGCUGAGGAACUCAUCGAUGAACUACCAUUUGAACCCGAUGGUGUGAUCUGGGCUACACUGCUUGCAGCCUGCAGAAUGCAUGGUGAUGAAACAAGGGCGAAGCGAGCAGCAGAUAAACUCAUUGAAUUGGAUCCGCUAAACUCUUCUCCUUAUAUAUUACUCUCUAAUAUAUAUUCUGCAUCUGGUGAUUGGAGCAGGGCUAAGAUGAUGAGAAAAGCAAUGCGAGAAAGAGGAGUGAGGAAGUUACCUGGAUUUAGUUGGAUUACUGUUGGAAAAGAAACUGUCUCAUUUGUUGCAGGAGACAAAUUGCAUCCAGAUGCUAUCGAAAUCUGUGGCACUCUGAAGCAUUUGACUGCAGAAAUGAAAGAAGAUUAUUAUGUUGAUUCACUUUCUCUUGGUGAAGUUUUUGGAUAAAAUCCCUUUAUCAUUUGCCUUGUAGUUCACCGAGGUCCAUAUAUGUGGUUCUGCCUUGAAUUAGAAAGAGCCAUGGAGAAUAUGGUUACAAAGCAAUAUGAGGAAGUCCAGUUAAAUGUGUUCUGUUAAGCAGCCAUCGGGACCAAAUUCUGAGUCAAAUGGUUUGUCAAGACAUCACCUAUGAUACGAGGGAGCUAAGUUUCACGUGAUUUUUAGAGGGUGACAUUGCCAAACCUGAAAAUUCAGUGUUGGAGUUUUGAAAAAACCACUCAGCUUAUGGGAUUUUUUUUCUGAAAACUCCAUUAGCAGCAGGAGCCUCAUGAAAAUUUCAUGACUCCUCAUUUUCAAGUGAAAUAAUUUUAUUAUGGAGCACCUUGAUACAUGGAAAUCCAAGAAGAGAUUAAGAGAUUCAUUAUUAGAGGUGACAAUUCUUCCUUGGAAAUCAAUGUUGGUCGAUGUAGAGCAUCCACUCCGUUUACGGUUUGGAAGUUCUCAAGAGGGUCCAUCUCCAAGAUACAACGUUUGACGUAUGUUGUUCCUUUGGUUAUUAGAAGCUAUUUUCUUUAAUAUGACUUCUGUUUUAAAGUAAUUCUCAGUGAUUAA